CGUGCCGCCGGCGCCCGGUUCCCGGAAGCGGCUGAUUGUCUGGCUCCCGCCGAGCGGACCGGCGCGACUGCCCGAGCUGCAGCAUCCCAGGAGCAGGAGCUCGCGAGCCACCGCCGCCCGAGCCGCGCGCCCCAGCCCCGCGGCAAGAUGCUGCCCGUGCACCCGGAGGUGAAGCCCAACCCGCUGCAGGACGCCAACCUCUGCUCGCGCGUGUUCUUUUGGUGGCUAAACCCCUUGUUUAAAAUUGGUCAUAAACGCAGACUAGAGGAAGAUGAUAUGUAUUCAGUGCUCCCACAAGAUCGCUCCAAGCACCUUGGAGAGGAACUGCAAGGGUACUGGGAUAAAGAGGUGUUGAGAGCGGAGAAGGAUGCACAGAAGCCUUCUUUAACAAAAGCAAUCAUAAAGUGUUACUGGAAGUCUUAUGUGAUCUUGGGAAUUUUUACAUUAAUUGAGGAAGGCACCAAAGUAAUUCAGCCUUUAUUUUUGGGGAAAGUUAUUAAUUAUUUUGAAAAUUAUGAUCCCACCGACUCCGUGGCCUUGUACGCAGCUUAUGGCUAUGCCACGGUGCUCACGGUCUGCACGCUCAUUCUGGCCAUCUUGCACCACUUGUAUUUUUAUCAUGUCCAGUGCGCCGGCAUGAGGUUGAGAGUAGCCAUGUGCCACAUGAUUUAUCGGAAGGCACUUCGUCUUAGUAACAUGGCCAUGGGGAAGACGACCACAGGCCAGAUAGUCAACCUGUUGUCCAAUGAUGUGAACAAGUUUGACCAGGUGACAAUCUUUUUACACUUUCUGUGGGCGGGGCCGCUGCAGGCCAUUGCUGUGACUGCCCUUCUCUGGAUGGAAAUAGGAAUAUCAUGUCUUGCGGGAAUGGUGGUUCUGGUUAUCCUCCUGCCUCUGCAAAGCUGCAUUGGGAAGCUGUUUUCCUCCCUGCGGAGUAAAACUGCAGCUUACACGGAUGCCAGGAUCAGGACCAUGAAUGAAGUUAUAACUGGAAUAAGAAUAAUAAAGAUGUAUGCUUGGGAGAAGUCAUUUGCAGACCUCAUUACCAACUUGAGAAAGAAGGAAAUUUCCAAGGUCCUGAGAAGCUCCUACCUCAGAGGGAUGAAUUUGGCAUCAUUUUUCGUUGCAAAUAAAAUCAUCCUGUUUGUGACCUUCACCACCUACGUGCUGCUCGGCAACGUGAUCACAGCCAGUCGUGUAUUUGUGGCAAUGACACUGUAUGGGGCUGUGCGGUUGACGGUCACCCUGUUCUUCCCCUCAGCCAUCGAGAGAGUGUCUGAAGCAGUCGUCAGCAUUCGAAGAAUCAAGAACUUCCUGCUACUUGAUGAGAUAUCACCGCAAGACCCCCAACUGCCACCAGAGGGUAAAAUGAUAGUGCAUGUGCAGGAUUUUACUGCUUUCUGGGAUAAGACAUCAGAAACCCCAACCCUACAAGGCCUGUCCUUUACUGUCAGACCUGGUGAACUGCUGGCUGUGGUUGGCCCCGUGGGAGCAGGCAAGUCUUCGCUGUUGAGCGCCGUGCUGGGGGAGCUGCCCCCGAGUCAGGGGCUGGUCAGCGUGCAUGGAAGGAUCGCCUAUGUUUCUCAGCAGCCCUGGGUGUUUUCAGGAACCGUGAGGAGUAACAUUUUAUUUGGGAAGAAAUAUGAAAAAGAACGAUAUGAAAAAGUAAUAAAGGCUUGUGCUUUAAAAAAGGACUUACAGCUUUUGGAGGACGGGGACCUGACUGUGAUCGGAGAUCGGGGAACCACACUGAGCGGAGGGCAGAAGGCGCGGGUGAACCUUGCAAGAGCAGUCUAUCAGGACGCCGACAUCUACCUCCUGGACGACCCGCUCAGUGCGGUGGACGCAGAAGUCAGCAAGCACCUGUUCCAGCUGUGUAUUUGUCAAACCUUGCACGAGAAGAUCACAAUUUUAGUGACUCAUCAGUUGCAGUACCUAAAAGCUGCAAGCCAUAUUCUGAUAUUGAAAGACGGUGAAAUGGUGCAGAAGGGAACUUACACUGAAUUUCUGAAAUCUGGAGUCGACUUUGCUUCUCUUUUAAAGAAGGAAAAUGAGGAAGCCGAACAGUCUCCAGUUCCAGGGACUCCUACGCUGAGGAAUCGCACCUUCUCUGAGUCCUCGGUUUGGUCUCAACAGUCUUCUAGACCGUCUUUGAAAGACGGUGUUGCAGAGGGCCAAGAUACAGAGAACGCACAGGCAGUGCAGCCAGAGGAAAGCCGUUCUGAGGGAAAGAUUGGCUUUAAGGCCUAUAAGAAUUACUUCACAGCUGGGGCAUCCUGGUUUAUCAUCAUCUUCCUCAUUCUGCUGAACAUGGCAGCUCAGGUUUCUUAUGUCCUUCAGGACUGGUGGCUUUCCUACUGGGCAAACGAACAAAGUAUGCUGAAUGUCACUGUCAAUGGGGAAGGAAAUGUAACCGAGAAGCUAGAUCUUAACUGGUACUUAGGAAUUUAUGCAGGUUUAACUGUAUCCACCGUCCUUUUUGGCAUAGCAAGAUCUCUGUUGGUAUUCUACGUCCUCGUUAAUUCUUCGCAAACUUUGCACAACAAAAUGUUUGAGUCAAUCCUGAAAGCUCCAGUAUUGUUCUUUGAUAGAAAUCCAAUAGGAAGAAUUUUAAAUCGUUUCUCCAAAGACAUUGGACAUAUGGAUGACUUGCUUCCCCUGACAUUUCUAGAUUUCAUCCAGACAUUGCUGGUGGUGAUCAGUGUGGUGUCUGUGGCCGUGGCAGUGAUUCCUUGGAUCGCGAUUCCGCUGGUUCCCCUGGCCAUCCUUUUCUUGGUUCUCCGACGAUACUUCCUGGAAACCUCGAGGGAUGUCAAGCGCCUGGAAUCUACAACACGGAGUCCAGUAUUUUCCCACUUGUCAUCUUCCCUCCAGGGGCUCUGGACCAUCCGGGCAUACAGAGCUGAAGAGAGGUGUCAGGAGCUAUUUGAUGCUCACCAGGACUUGCAUUCAGAGGCUUGGUUCUUGUUUUUGACGACAUCACGAUGGUUCGCCGUGCGCCUGGAUGCCAUCUGUGCCAUCUUUGUCAUCGUGGUUGCCUUUGGGUCCCUGAUUCUGGCAAAAACUUUGGAUGCUGGGCAGGUUGGCCUGGCCUUGUCCUACGCCCUCACGCUCAUGGGGAUGUUCCAGUGGUCUGUUAGACAAAGCGCCGAAGUGGAGAAUAUGAUGAUCUCAGUGGAGCGGGUCAUUGAAUACACGGAUCUAGAAAAAGAAGCGCCUUGGGAAUACCAGAAGCGCCCACCACCCACCUGGCCCCAGGAAGGCGUGAUCGUCUUCGACAACGUCAACUUCACCUACAGUCUAGACGGGCCUCUGGUAUUAAAGCACCUGACGGCACUCAUUAAGUCGAGAGAAAAGGUUGGAAUUGUGGGAAGAACAGGAGCUGGGAAAAGUUCCCUCAUCUCGGCCCUUUUUAGAUUGUCAGAACCUGAAGGAAAAAUUUGGAUCGAUAAGAUCUUGACAACUGAAAUUGGACUUCAUGAUUUAAGGAAGAAGAUGUCCAUCAUACCUCAGGAGCCUGUUUUGUUCACGGGAACAAUGAGGAAAAACCUGGAUCCCUUUAAUGAGCACACAGAUGAGGAACUAUGGAAUGCCUUAGAGGAGGUACAGCUUAAAGAAACCAUUGAAGAUCUUCCUGGUAAAAUGGAUACUGAAUUGGCUGAAUCAGGAUCCAAUUUUAGUGUUGGACAGAGACAGUUGGUGUGUCUUGCCAGGGCAAUUCUGAAGAAAAAUCGGAUAUUGAUUAUUGAUGAAGCGACCGCAAAUGUGGACCCACGAACUGAUGAGUUAAUACAGAAAAAAAUCCGGGAGAAGUUUGCGCAGUGUACUGUGCUCACCAUUGCGCACAGGCUGAACACCAUUAUUGACAGUGACAGGAUAAUGGUUUUGGAUUCAGGAAGACUGAAAGAAUAUGAUGAGCCGUACGUUUUGCUGCAAAAUAAAGAGAGCCUAUUUUACAAGAUGGUGCAGCAGCUGGGCAAGGCAGAAGCCGCUGCCCUCACUGAAACAGCAAAACAGGUGUACUUCAAAAGGAAUUAUCCAGAUAUUGCUCACAGUGGCCCUGUGGUUAUGAACACUUCCAAUGGACAGUCUUCAGCCUUAACCAUUUUUGAGACAGCACUAUGAUUCUGCCAGGAUGUCAAUCAAUUCCAAAGGCAUUUGUCUAUAGUUUUUGCACUGUGUAAACUACAUUGUAGUUUGUUUUUUUCCUUAACUCUAGCAACAAAUAUUUACACAUACAAGAUGUUAGUUUUCUUGGAUUUUCUCCCUUUUGAAAUUCAAAUGUUAUAGCUGUUCUUUUACAAUCUAAAUCAGAGGUGCAGACCACCAAUAAAAGGUGUCUACCAGGUUUUGUGCCUUAACGGACCCCAGAGCCAAAGCCCAUUUUGUAAGGAAUAGAAUACAGUUAUGACAGGGGUUUUUUGUUAUUAGUUUUGGGAUAAUUUUGUUUUGUUUUGAUUUUUUUUUUGUUGUUGUUGUUUUUUCUCCUCUGUUCCCCAAAAUAAGACACUAACCUCCAGUGGUAUCAGGGACUCUACUUACUUGAAGACUGUGUGAAGUUGCCAUUUUGUCUCACCACUCUCAACUAGGACUCCUUACUUUCCCCCAAAGGCCUCUGGUUAGAAUAGUACAGAUAAAACUAACAGGAAAAAACAAAACAACAAGAAAAAUGUACUUCAAGUAACAUUGUAGGAGGAAGAAUCCACCCUGCCCCGGCUCCAAAAAGAUAUGUGACUAAAGUAUAGGAGGACAAUAUUUUAUUAUAGGUUCUAAAAAAGAAAAUGCUUUCUUAAGUUGAGAGCCUUUAUUCGUGCUUCCAUAAUGAAGGAUACACAUGUGAACGUCCCUCAUCUAUAGAUUUGCCUGGCUCAGACAUGGAACUUCCUUGCAGUUUCUGACUCAGCAAGGUGAUACUUUCCCAAAAGGCCAAACAAUUCCAAAAGUUGGAAUUAUCAACUCCAAGGAUAAUUCCUAACAUAUGGAGUAUUAUUCUUAUUUGGAUUUCUGGUUUACAGGAGGUUAAUCCUCUUGUUGACUAGAAAUCUUUUGGUUUAGCCUUUCCUAAGAUCCUUUCCGAAUUGCAUACAUAGGCUCUCUGACUUGGUGAUUAAAACUGAAAAUUGUUGCAAACAUUGGCUGUAAUUAUGUACUAUGUUCUCAGGAUGCUUCCAGAAGCUUUCAUGAGCCUGUUCAGAUUAGUUUCCUUCUGACCACUAACAGCAGUUUCUUUGGGUCCUUCUGAAUAGGCAGUCAACAAACCACAAUACUUCUAGGACCUUUGUACUUCAUUUGAACUAUGAGUCCAGUUCUUCCUGAUGCAGUAGCUAUGUACAUUGGGUUCAGGUUAAUAGGAUAUCAUCACCCUCAGGUUGCAUACAUCAGUUUGUGUGUGUGUAUGUGUGUGUUUCUAUACACACACACACAUAAAUGCCCAUAUAUAGUAGGCUUUUCGAUUCAUUAACAGAAACGAAUGUUUUGUAGAAUGAAGCAUUAUUAAAAAAAGCACACACACAGCAAACCACCAAAAUACAUGGAGCCACAGAGGUGGUCUGACUUUGUAUUCAGAAGUCUACGAUUAAUGUUUUGUACAACAAUCACGCACAAAGUUGUUUUUUGAGAGUCAUGUUUAGUAUUUCAGGAAACUGAAAUGACAAUGAUGUCUGUUUAAAUAUGAGAAACGUUUUAAAUAUAUAUGUGUUCAUUUGGCCUUUAGAGGUUACACGGUCAUAUAAACAUGUUUCUAUUUCAUUUCUGUUUUGAUGUCAUAGGAUUUUUAAUGAAACAAAACUCAACUGAAAUAAAUGACAGUUUUCCUCUUCA